AUGACGACAGUGACCCGCCGAACCAAGAUCAAUAUAAGAAUAGUGGAAGUUAAUGUAUGGUCUCUUGUCUCGAUGAGGGCUGGUGCUCUAAUACUAGCAGCUCUCGUGCCUACUAUCCCUUCUACUCCAGCCUUAAUUAAAGGCCUGGUUUCGUCCGCCACUUUUCCGCAUCUGUCGUAUUCGGGAGAGCUUGCUUCGUGGCGGAGCAUGACGCAAUGCCAGCAGCCUAGUGAGGGUUGGCUGUCUGGGGACAGGUUAAGGCAGGGCCCGCUGGGCUUGCUUCUCUUCCCGGUCAAGAUAGAUAUAGAAGGGAAGGAGCCCUCUCGCUCGCCGCUUGUCAGUCCUUGCCUUUGGUGUCUGAUACUAUUUGCCAAAAUCCUGCUGUUAUGGGCGAUUCCUUCCUUACGAGAUAUCCCUGGGGACUUUAACAAAAUAGAACCAGGGAUUGACUGA